GGACAUGAACCUGAGCUUCGCUCUUCGCCGGCUGCUCUGGCGAUUCUCUCCGCCCCCGGACGUCUCCAGACCUCUCGCUGCGUCUGCACAGCAUCUCCGUCGGAAGUUCCCGUGCGACAAUCGACAUGGGCGGCGUGCAAGCCGAGAGAGAAGACAAGGACAAGGUCUCUCUGGAGCUCACCGAGGAGAUCCUCCAGAGCAUGGAAGUCGGCAUGACGUUCAGAGACUAUAGUGGUAGAAUCAGUUCCAUGGAUUUUCACCGGGCCUCGAGCUAUCUAGUGACAGCCAGCGAUGAUGAGUCUAUUCGCCUUUAUGAUGUGGCAAGCGCAACAUGUCUGAAGACAAUUAAUAGCAAAAAGUAUGGGGUUGAUUUGGUCUCAUUCACUUCUCAUCCGAUGACUGUUAUAUACUCCUCAAAGAAUGGUUGGGAUGAGUCACUGAGGCUGUUAUCCUUGCAUGACAACAAGUACCUGCGCUACUUUAAAGGUCACCAUGACAGGGUUGUCUCCCUUAGCUUGUGCCCACGCAAUGAAUGCUUUAUCUCUGGUUCUCUGGAUCGCACUGUUUUACUCUGGGAUCAACGAGCUGAGAAGUGUCAGGGUCUUUUACGUGUACAAGGAAGGCCUGCCACAGCUUAUGAUGAUCCGGGCCUGGUGUUUGCAAUUGCUUUUGGAGGAUGUGUUAGGAUGUUUGAUGCUCGCAAAUAUGAAAAAGGUCCUUUCGAAAUCUUUUCUGUUGGGGGAGAUGUGUCGGAUGCAAACGUUGUCAAGUUUAGCAAUGACGGAAGGCUUAUGCUUUUGACUACCACAGAUGGGCAUAUACAUGUUCUCGACUCAUUCCGAGGCACACUGUUAUACACUUUCAAUGUCAAGCCAACAUCAAGCAAGUCCACCUUGGAGGCAUCUUUUAGCCCUGAAGGAAUGUUUGUCAUUUCUGGUUCUGGAGAUGGCAGUGUCUAUGCGUGGAGCGUAAGGGGCGGGAAAGAGGUCGCAAGUUGGUUAAGUACUGACACGGAGCCUCCUGUCAUAAAAUGGGCCCCAGGAAACCUCAUGUUCGCAACAGGAUCGUCGGAAUUAUCAUUCUGGAUUCCUGAUCUCUCUAAAUUGGGAGCUUAUGUUGGAAGAAAGUAGAAGGGUCGGGAUAGUCAUUGCUUAGAGGCAACGCAGUUGCAAGUCUACCAUUCCCACCAAUUAUAAUUUGGAAAGAGUUUAAGAUGCUGACUUAUCCAGGAAAAGGUUGUUUAUACUUAUAAACAACAGAGAGACAACUGUACAGGUGUUGUAAACACUCCCAGUGUGAGGGUAAUUUUGGAAGUUGUGCCUUAACUUCA